AAAAUGUAUAAAACAGCUCAAACUGCUUUAAUCAUAAAGUCAAUAAAUAAUAAAGAUGCCACUGUCCUUACCUGUGCACAGAUCAGUCUAAACUAUACUGCUGAACUCCUAGACUGGUUAUUCCAUGCUGUCUAUAAUUAAAAGCUUAUCACCGCCCACCGGGUCCUGCCUCCCCCUCUUAACUUCAGACACCCCCCUCGCCUCCCCUCUAUACUCCAGGCGCAGUCAGCAGCCUCAUUGCGACUGUGAAAGGUUGUGAAAGACCAAGAUAAGCCACUCUGGGAAUGGGACCACAAAUCAGAAGUAAGAAGAACUUUGCCUUCUUUCGGAUCUUCCCACUCCGAAGACACCUCUUCAUUCAAAGGGAAUAAAGUUUUCCUCUGAGCAGAAGAAGGAGCAGGUGUAAAGAGAACACAAAUGGGAUAAAGUGCUGCUAUUUCUUUCUCUUUGACAAACAGGCAUGCAACCUGUAUUUUGUUUUUACCUACAGUUAUUUUUUUUAAGUUGGGGCUUUGAAAACACAGGCACAGACUUUUGAAAGUAUUCAUGACAUGCUUUAAAGUAAGGUGUGGAGAUCCUGCAGUCUCUAUCCUAGAAUAAAGCAACGGAAGUCUUUUGUUAGAAAGGCUGUGAUUUCUAAAGGUGCGUCUCUGGGGUCCUGGUGUAUGGCGCUAAAAGGUGUCGGAGCAGGCAGAGAGGUUUAUUGGUUUCCAUCUGAGUUACAAUGGCAAAGUGGUUCAAGGAGUUCCCCAUCAAUCUGAAGAAUGGUACCGACAGGAUCCGCUCAGCCUCCGAAUCAGGCUCACAACCAAGAGCCAAUAAAGCCGGGCUGGUGGCCAGCAUUGGUACCAAAACAUCAGGCUCCAAAGCGAGCCUCCGCAAAAACUCCUCUUCUGACAGCACUGGUGGAGGAGGUGGAGGAGUGGGCUCUCUCCUGUCCGGAAGAAACCGUAAGAACUCGGCCACAGAGUUGGGUAAAAACGGCGUGAGCUCCCUGAAAGAUGGAAAAGUUUGGGACAACCUCCUGUCUGGGAAAAGUCGCAAGAACUCCAAAGCGGAGCCGGUGUUUGAGGAGCAGCACAGACCUCUGAAAAGUUCUCCAUCUGCCAACGCUUACAUCAACCGGCUGAUCAGAGUGGACAAACAGGACAAAAGCCCCAACUUCAACAGCAGCACCAUCACCAAUCAAGUGGUACCUGAAGCAGAGAAACCAGCCCAGUUCAAGACAGAAACAGUGAUCAUCCUUGAGGAUUAUGCAGAUCCCUUUGAUGCUCAGAAGACCAGAGAGCAGAGGGAGGCAGAGAGGGUCGGGGAGAACGAUGGUUACAUGGAGCCUUACGAUGCCCAGCAGAUGAUUACUGAGAUUAGACGUCGGGGGUCCAAGGACCUGCUGAAGGUGCUGAUGGAGACAAGCGAAGGAGCAGUGGAGGAAGGUCAGCCUGUACCCUUACAGAUAUACGAUGUCCCAUAUGAGGGAGGCGGUGACAGCGACAAGGCAGCGGUCACACGGCCUGAGCUGGAUUCUCGUCCCUCCACUGAAUACGAGCUGCCGUGGGAGUGGAAGAAAGAGCACAUCGUCAGAACUCUGUCAGCACAGUUUGACGGCUCUGAACGCCCAGCCAAAGAUGAGACAUCUCACCCCACACUCACCAGGCAGCCACAGCAUCCAUCAGCCCAGCUGCAGCAGCAGCAGCAUCAGCAUCUGAGGCAGAAAAGCUGGACCCAGAAGAUCCUGAGGUCCUCUCCUCCGACCCUGUUGCCUAGCAGCAACCCUGACACUGAAGCCUGCUGUGUGGACCCCUCCCUGCCACUGGAAAAACAAAGCUGGUACCAUGGCUGUGUGACUCGUCAGGAGGCGGAGUUUCAGCUGCAGUCCUGCAAAGAGGCCAGCUUCCUGGUCAGGAACAGCGAGUCGGACAACAGCAAGUACUCCAUCGCCCUCAAGACGAGCCAAGGCUGCGUUCAUAUCAUUGUCGCUCAGACCAAAGAAAACGGCUACACCCUGGACCAGAGCUGCUGUGUGUUUCCCAGCAUCCCAGAGGUGGUGCACUAUUACUGCACUCAGCGUCUCCCUUUCAACGGUGCCGAGCACAUGACUCUGCUUCGCCCGGUGCCUCGCAUCCACUGACUCCACCACAGCCCGGCUUUGGUGAACAAAACAAACACACCUCUGGGGCCUGUGUGGACAAAAUGUUUCCAGAAAUCACCUCAUGUUCAAUCAAUGUGUACUUGUACUGCUCUGCCCUUCAGCAAAUCUCACUUUAUGACUAAGACCCUGCUCUAUGUGUUAUUUUAUAUGAGAAACAAAUCUGCAGCUCACUCUGUGUCACCCCUGAUGUCUUUAUUUAACUUUGAUGUGCAGCUGAUGCAAAACAUCCGAGCUGCUGUUUUGCAUGUGAACGAGAGGGAAGCACAGCGCAGACGAUGAGGCACUUUUAAUGAUUAAAUGUGACUUGGAGUCGGUUUGGGACUCAUCCACAGAUGUGAUGUUUUAGUCAUCCGGUGUGGCUCUAUUAAAGCUACACAUGAUAUUUUUGUGACCAGGUGAAAUGAGGCUCAUUAGUUUGUGGCUCUCUUCCUCCCUCUGGUGGAUGUGCUGGUACACUGCACCAACAUGCCAACACAAAGAAUUUCCUCAAAACUCCUGUUUGGUAAAAAAAAAAAAUUAAACAAAACAACAUGCACAGAUUUUAUCAGUCCACUUAUCAAGAUAUGAACAAAGAUAUUUUAUGUGUAUGCUCGCAGCAUAUUUAUAAUUUAUGUCCUCAAACUUGUUAGUCGCCUGUAUCCACCGUCCCAUAAGGAUUUCCUCUGUUUUACUGUGAAUGAGGGCGUUGUUUUCUACUGUAUUAUCUGCACUGUGAAGAGUGAGUGAUUCACCCUGAUACAAUGUGCUGGAAGGACCACUGAUUUAAUAGUUGGUGCUUUUCAUGACAAAAACUGACACUAGACUUUUUUUGUUUAGUUUUGGCCUGUUCAUGGCUAAUAUCUGUCAAAUAAACAAAUCAUUAAUCAUUGAUUUGUGGUAAGAAAACACUGUAAAAUGAAUGUCUAAUGUCAAAAGGGGACAAUUUACAUAUAAUUAAUGACAAACACUGAGAUAAAGUAAACAAGAAAGUUUAAAUAUUAGCAUUGAAAAUGUCAGUCUUGUCAUAACCAUGCUUAUUCAGACCCCUGUUGCUAAAGAUUAAUGCUGUUCUCCCUCAGGGUCUAAUGCCCCCUGGUGCUAAGAGGCAGAAUACCAAAUUGAGAGGUGGUAACUAUAUUAUAUUCAUUCAAGUCUUCUUUUUCUUUGUGUAUUCUAAAUGUAACACAAACAUGUUAUGUGUACUCGUAAUUUAGAGAUAUGCUGGAAAUCAUUCGGACAGAUGUUAGCCACAAUAAAAUAUGGUGUAACUAAGGGUAAAUGUUGUCUCAUGUUUUAUAUUUAAGGAGCUCUGCCUUUUCCAUGUAUCUCCACAGAUUAAAGGGAGGUCAGCUUGUAGUUUUUUUUUGGCAGAGCACUGAAACUGAAGUUAUACAAAGAGACACACCUGCUAUCCAUUUUUCACCGUUGCCUUUUGACAUGUGGAGACCUGCUGUUCAGACAUUGUAAAACAGAUUAGAAUAAAAGGUUCUGAAUCUCAA